CCAUCACUCACUCACUCACUCUCCCUCCCUUUCAGAAUGAUCGAUGGCGCAACGGAGCGACCUACUGAGCCUGAUGAGCAGCAGAGAUCAGACGGGGGAAUCUAGUUAGAAUGUAGUUUCACCAGGAUCCAAUUCUCUUCUCAUUCUCCCUACCAGCAGAAGACCCAGCAUCAAUCCCGCUAAUCCCUCCGCAAGGCAUCUUUGAACGUGAAGAUCUCGUGGGGUUUCAUUAGUUCUAUUCGGUUCCGCGGAUGCUGUUGGGGAUCCCUUCCUUCGCCCCCGAAUUUCUUUGCCCAUUGGCGGAGGUCAGCGCCGCACAAUGCGCUGCAGCGACGCCAUGACCGUCGAGAUUCCGGUUAUGGAAACGAGGCGACCUGAAUUUCGAUCGCGUCGUGAGUUGGUUGUCACCCAGUCACACUGCUCGAUUCGCCUUUCAGCCCCCCUCCCUCUGGAACUUCGGGUGACAUCAAAAGCGCCGCCCAGGCUUCUUAGAUGUGUCACCCGAUUAGCAAUGAAAACAGCUGAGACCCUUACUUUGUUCCCUCUUUUUUUUUUUUUUUUUUUUUUUUGGGGAGGGGGGGUAAAUAUGGGUUUUCAAGUGGACUUUUGCAUGUGGAUUCUCCGCUGUGGGUUUUUCAUCUCUGUUUAAAUGGCUACCGAGAAAGUGUCAAACGUGUGGUGAACGGACAGAGAAUCCGGACUAUUCAUGAGAAUCGUUGAAAUCCCCAAAUCCAUUGAUCUGGGCCCGAUGGCGGCGAAGUCAUUCUGUUUUAAUGCGAUCGUAACGUGACGGGGAGGUGUUAGAAGGGACUCCUCCAGAGCGGCUUGUGUGCAUUCCGUGCCCUUCUGGUGCAUUUCCCAGUUGCUAAUGAUUUCUAGUUUGUGAUUCGUACUUUUUACCAACCGGGUUAGUGAGUCUUGUUCCGUUUGUUCUGCAAGUGGUGUCCUCUCCUCCGGUUCUCGUCGCGGAGGUUUGUGGAAUUGUGCAUUGCUGAAAGUUCUGUUAAUUUAGGCUCUGUCAUGGCUGCUGCCAUGACUACUGCGAUGGCUGUGAACCAAGCCGUGGCUCUCAACAAGCAAGUGUUGCCUGUUUCGUCUUCCUCGUCUCUGCUGCGAGCGGAUGCGAGUAGUUUCUUUGGAACCCAGAAGAUGAAUUUGUCGAAAGAAUCGCAAUCGUUGUCGCGCUCCUGCUCUUUUGAGAAGAGCAGGGUUGUGGCUACCGCAGUGACGGAAACGGACGCUGAAUACCCCUCCGAGAAGCCACUCACGCCACUUCUGGAUACCAUCAACUAUCCCAUCCACAUGAAGAAUCUCACCGUGCGAGAGCUGAAACAACUCGUGGACGAAUUGCGAGCCGAGACUAUUCAUACGGUUUCGAAGACAGGAGGACAUUUGGGCUCGAGCUUGGGUGUUGUUGAACUCACAGUGGCUCUACACCAUGUCUUUAAUACCCCGGAGGACAAGAUUUUGUGGGAUGUUGGCCAUCAGACCUACCCACACAAGAUCCUGACCGGGAGAAGGGGCAAGAUGAGAACCCUGAGACAAACGGCUGGGAUUUCAGGCUUCGUUAAGAGAGCAGAGAGCGAGUAUGAUCCGUUUGGAGCUGGUCACAGCUCCACCAGCAUCUCUGCGGGCUUAGGAAUGGCUGUUGGACGAGAUUUAAAAGGCAGAACGAACAACGUUAUUGCCGUGAUCGGUGAUGGAGCUAUGACUGCCGGGCAAGCCUAUGAGGCUAUGAACAAUGCCGGGUAUCUUGAUUGCAACAUGAUUGUCAUUCUUAAUGACAACAAGCAAGUAUCUCUACCCACAGCCACUCUUGAUGGCCCUGCCCCUCCUGUUGGUGCUUUGAGUAGUGCACUCAGCAAGCUCCAGUCAAGUAGGCCUCUUCGUGAGCUCCGUGAGGUUGCAAAGGGGGUGACGAAGCAACUUGGAGGUUCGGCACAUGUGUUGGCCGCUAAGGUUGAUGAGUAUGCACGUGGUAUGAUCAGUGGAUCUGGGUCUACUCUCUUCGAGGAGCUUGGACUCUACUAUAUUGGCCCGGUCAACGGCCACAAUCUCGAAGAUUUGGUGACAAUCCUUCGGGAAGUAAAGAACACAGCAACCACUGGACCUGUGUUGAUUCACCUUGUAACUGAAAAGGGUCGAGGUUACCCCUACGCUGAAAGAGCAGCGGAUAAGUACCAUGGCGUUGUUAAGUUCGACCCAGCAACUGGCAAGCAACAUAAAGUGAAGACUGCUACACAAGCCUAUACCACAUACUUCGCGGAGGCUUUGAUAGCCGAGGCCGAGCUUGACAAGAGUAUUGUUGGAAUACAUGCAGCUAUGGGAGGUGGUACAGGAAUGAACAUGUUCGCAAAGCGGUUUCCAGAAAGAUGUUUUGACGUGGGCAUUGCGGAACAACACGCUGUGACUUUCGCCGCGGGACUAGCAUGCGAAGGACUGAGGCCAUUCUGUAGUAUCUACUCUUCCUUUCUUCAACGAGGAUAUGAUCAGGUCGUACACGAUGUAGAUCUGCAGAAGUUGCCUGUCAGAUUUGCAAUGGAUCGUGCCGGCCUUGUUGGAGCAGAUGGGCCAACACACUGUGGAGCGUUUGACGUGACCUAUAUGGCCUGUUUGCCCAACAUGGUAGUAAUGGCUCCUGCUGAUGAAGCCGAGCUUUUCAACAUGGUAGCAACUGCUGCUGUGAUUGAUGAUAGCCCCAGCUGUUUCAGGUAUCCCAGAGGUAACGGAAUCGGGGUCCAACUGCCUGCAAACAAUAAGGGCACUCCAAUUGAGGUUGGCAAAGGAAGAAUUCUGCUGGAAGGCACAGAUGUGGCUCUGUUGGGAUAUGGCACUAUGGUCCAAAACUGCCUGGCUGCUCACUCUCUACUUGCCGACGUGGGAAUCUCAGCUACUGUAGCUGAUGGUCGAUUCUGCAAACCCCUUGAUCGGGGUCUGAUUCGUCAAUUGGCCGAAAAUCAUCAAGUGCUUAUCACUGUGGAGGAGGGCGCUGUUGGAGGCUUUGGAUCUCAUGUUGCGCAAUUUAUGGCGUUAGAUGGGCUUCUCGAUGGAAAGCUGAAAUGGAGACCGCUUGUACUUCCCGACCGUUACAUCGAACACGGAGCACCGAAUGACCAGUUUGCCGAAGCAGGUCUAACUGCUGGCCACAUCGCAGCCACAGCCUUGAAUGUUCUAGGGAAGACAAGACAAGCUCUGCAAAUCAUGUCAUUAGCUCCUCGCAGCUGAAAAUUCAUCACGUUCUGAAUUUGUUGGGGGUGAUGGCCCCAGUUACAAGCCUUCUUCUCAAUUAGUGCACUCGCUUCACAGUCCUCCAUCUGAUCAAAAUGUUUAGAAACUGUAUGUAAUAUACUUGUAUUGGCAUUCUCUGGUCAAUUAUGCCAUGCCUGUAAUUUGCUUACAUUGGUCAGCAGGCUUUAGUUCAGGUCCCACACGGUUACAUUGUAGGGUCUGCCAUGCCAAAUUUGGAUCGACCCAGCAGGUGCUAAGCUUGCUCAUUGAGAGGAAAAAUCCCUCUACAUUCAACUGCAUUUAAUGUAACCACCCCCCAAUUUUUAUAAUUUUUGUAAAUCGCUUGUUUCUGUAA